AAAUCCCACCUAACAAGUUGCCAAGAAGUACAAUUGCAUCGCAAUGAUUCAGUUCUGGCAUGCUCAAUUGUUGCUUUCACCAACUUCAAAAUGGCCGGAGCUGUAAGGCAACCUAUUGACCUACAAUCGCUGGAGCGAUAUAUUUCCCAGCAUGUCCCAGAAAUCAAGGUUCCAGUGGAUAUUAAGCAGUUUGGCUUUGGUCAGUCAAAUCCGACCUACCAACUCACUGCUAGCGAUGGGGUCAAAUUUGUGAUGCGAAAGAAGCCGCCUGGAAAGUUGGUUUCGAAAACUGCACAUCAAGUCGAGAGGGAGUACCGGGUCAUCCAUGCCCUGGAGAAGACCGAUGUGCCUGUACCAAAAGCGUACUGUCUCUGCGAGGAUAGCAGUAUUGUGGGGACACCAUUUUAUAUCAUGGAAUUUUUGGACGGGAGGAUUAUCGAGGACCCAACCAUGCCGGAUGUCACGCCCGCAGAGAGGACCGAGAUGUGGCACGAUGCUAUUCGGACAUUAGCCAAGCUUCAUAGAAUUAAUCCCAAAGAUGUCGGAUUAGAGGACUUUGGGAAACCCAGUGGCUUCUACGAUCGCCAAAUCAAGACCUUCUCCGCUAUCAGCAAAGCGCAGGGAGAGGUGAAGGACGUAGACACACAGGAGCCUGUUGGACAAAUACCACAUGGCGAUGAAAUGUUGGCAUAUUUCCGAGACAAAAGGUUUCAGCCAAAGGAUCGGGGAAACCCAAUUCACGGCGAUUAUAAGAUUGAUAAUCUAGUCUUUCACAAGUCGGAACCGAGAGUGAUUGGUAUAUUAGACUGGGAGAUGUCUACAAUUGGUCACCCUCUUUCGGACCUAAUCAAUCUCACCACUCCAUAUUUCCUAAUCAAACAAAACCUCGUUAAACACAUGCCAUCUUUCCAAGUUGGCAGCACUCCUGGUCUACCGUCACGAGAUGAUUUAAUGAAAUGGUAUGCAGAAGUCGCAGGCUGGGAUCCAAAUCCGGAUCUGACUUGGGGUAUUGCGUUUGGGUUCUUUAGAGCUACUUGUAUUUACCAGGGCAUAGCUGCAAGAUGGGCUGUGAGGCAGGCCAGUAGUGCAAAGGCACGAGACAAUGCGUUAGGUAGACAUCCAAUGGGUCAAUUGGCAUGGGAGACUGUGCAAGUUGCUAGGGAGCAAUCGAAGGAGAAAGCAAAGCUGUAAAUAAAAUGAGAAAUGCAUAACGAGAU